UUGGCUCGCAGUGAAGUUGUCAGCACAAUUUUCAGUGUGAAGAUAGCUCAGUGUCAAUGCAGUAUGGCUGCUUACAAAAUAUUUCUGUGUUUGUUCUCCCAUUGAAAUUCCUCUGCAGAGACCCCUGAAGUGCCAUUGAGGGCGUAAAAGUCCUAUUGGAGACCAUCGUGAGUGGUGUGUGAUAUCACGCAAGAGUGCAACGAGUUACGUGAAAUUCGUGAUCGUCACAAUGACUUCAUCAGUUAGUAAGACACGCUCCGUGGCGAUGAGCAUUUGCAGCUUUUUGCUUGCGGUGACGCUGGUCAGCGGUCAGUUGGCAGAGAAGCUGAGCUCUCAGAAUCCUUGCGUGAGCAAGACAACGUGUCACGAUUGCAUCCAGACCAAGACAUGUGCCUGGUGUUUGCAACCUCAGUCGGAGUACGGAGAUCUGCCGAGGUGUUUCCAGCCCAGCUAUGGAGCUGGUGAUACUCGGUGUCCUGAAGAGUACACAUACAAUCCUGACAAUGAGAUGAUCCCGCUCGUGAACAUGGAGCUCACGCGGAGAGUGAGCGGAGCAGCAGCCGAGGGCGGAGCCUACGCUAGUGGAUACACUGCCGGCGGUUAUAGUUCCAGUGGAAGCUCCUAUUCCGCCUCGUCAUCGUCAUCGCAUUACGGCAGCUCUUCUAGCAGCGGAAGUACUUAUGGUUUCGGUGCGGCCGCUUCUGGAGGAAUUGUGCAGAUUAGUCCACAGCGAGUAAAGCUAAAGUUGCGAAUAAACGAAGAAUAUCAUCUUAAUAUGAGAUACUCACAAGCAGAAGACUAUCCAAUUGAUCUCUACUACCUCAUGGACUUGUCCAAAUCCAUGGAGGAUGACAAAAACAGUCUGUCCUACCUUGGAAACUCUCUGUCUGAGACCAUGAGGAACAUUACAUCGAAUUUCCGCCUUGGAUUUGGAUCCUUUGUGGACAAAGUUCUGAUGCCAUAUGUUUCGACAGUGCCGAAGAAUUUGCUAGCACCGUGUGACAAUUGUGCUGCUCCGUAUGGCUUUAGAAAUGUUAUGAGACUUAGUAAGGAUACACAUUAUUUCUCCGAGGAAGUGGGAAAAGCAAGUGUUUCUGGCAACUUGGAUGCUCCUGAGGGUGGUUUUGAUGCUAUAAUGCAAGCCAUCGCCUGUCGCGAUCAAAUCGGAUGGCGAGAACAAGCCAGAAGACUGCUGGUAUUUUCCACGGACGCUGGAUUCCAUUAUGCUGGUGAUGGAAAAUUGGGUGGUGUGAUUACACCCAAUGAUGGCGAGUGUCAUCUGGACAAACGGGGCGAAUACACACACUCGAAAAUUCAAGACUAUCCUAGCAUCUCGCAAAUCAAUCUGAAAGUAAAGCAGAAUGCCAUAAAUGUCAUCUUUGCCGUGACAAAGCAGCAAAUUGAGGUCUACAAGAAACUAUCCGAACAUAUUGAGGGAUCUUCAGCUGCUGAGCUGUCGUCCAAUUCUUCCAAUGUUGUGCAAUUGGUCGAAGAAGAGUACAAUAAAAUUUCCUCUUCUGUUGUGAUGAAGGACAAUGCCACGAGUGCCGUUAAGAUUACUUACUACUCUUCCUGCCUUGAUGGUGGCAAAAUGGUGCAGACAAACAAGUGCGAUGGCCUCAAAGUGGGCGAUAUGGUGGAAUUCCGUGCAAAUAUUCUAGUGCAAUCUUGUCCACAAAAUCCCAGAGAUUGGUUCCAGACAUUCCAGAUUUAUCCUGUGGGCAUUAAUGAGAGCUUAAUAGUUGAUCUCCAAAUGCUCUGUGACUGCGAGUGUGAGCGCGAUGGUCAUCCUGGAUACAGACCAUUUGCUCCAGAGUGCAAUGGCCAUGGUAUUCUCAAGUGUGGCAUCUGCGAAUGCUACGAUCAGUACUUUGGGCGGAAUUGCGAGUGUGGCGUGCUGGAUAUUCACAGUGAGAUCGAAAGGGAUCGUGCUUGUCGUCCAGACAACUCCACCGUUGACUGCAGUGGCCGAGGAACGUGUGUGUGCGGCAUGUGUGAGUGCGAGAAACGUCCGAAUCCUGAGGAAGUCAUAUCCGGAAGCUUCUGCGAGUGUGACAAUUUCUCGUGCGAUCGUCACAAUGGUUUGUUGUGCUCUGGCCCCGACCAUGGAGUGUGCCAAUGCGGCGUGUGUCUGUGUCGAGAAGGAUGGACGGGUACUGCUUGCGACUGUCGGGCCUCCAAUGACACCUGUAUCAAUCCAAAUGGUGACGGUGAGAUUUGCUCCGGGAAUGGCGAAUGUGUGUGUGGCACGUGCAAUUGCAAGAUCACCGAUGAGGGGCGAUACUCAGGGAGAUACUGCGAAAAGUGUCCCACUUGCUCGGGCAGGUGUCAUGAGUUCAAGGACUGCGUUCAAUGCCAGAUGUACCAAACAGGACCGAUGGGAGAUGACAAGGAUCUCUGCGCGAAGAAUUGUACGCUGUUCACACCAAUUCCUGAAGAGACUGUCUCGGCCGAUGAGACGAAGGAUGAGGUGCUAUGCACAUUCUACGAUGAGGACGACUGUCGUUUCCAGUUUGUCUACACGGAUCGCGAUGAUGACAAAGUCGUCGUGAGGGCACAAGAAGAGCGAGAGUGUCCACCGAAAGUAUUCAUGCUUGGCGUUGUGCUUGGUGUAAUUGCAGCAAUUGUCCUCAUCGGUUUGGCCAUUCUUCUGUUGUGGAAACUCUUGACCACAAUUAAUGAUCGACGGGAAUUUGCCAGAUUUGAAAAAGAGAGAAUGAUGGCCAAAUGGGACACGGGUGAAAAUCCAAUUUACAAACAAGCCACAUCUACGUUCAAGAAUCCAACUUACGCUGGUAAAUAGAGUCGCAGAGUCAACGAUAGCGUGAAAACGAGGAAAGAGUCACAAUUGGGAGGAAAAUGUUUUAUUUUGGAAUGUAAUUAACCAAAGGAUGUUGUUUCUGUUGUGUAGAAAGGUGGAAAAGUGUGGAAGUUGUCUUCUUUUAAAAACAAACCCUUAACAAAUGUGCCGAAAAUCAAAAGUAUAUUUAAAGGGAGGAAAAUCCCUUCUGCCAAGUCAUUUUCGUAAAUCAAAAGCCUUUCAAAGUAUCGAAUAAGAAAAACGACAAAGAAUAUGUGCCUAAUUUUUUUCGCCUAAUCAACUUUACGUGUGUGUACUUAUUGAAAGAAAAUUGUGGUGAAAAAUUUAUAUAAAGAGAGGCCUUUCGAGAUCAGUGGCUUCUUUUACUAUAGCCAUUAACAUCUUACUUUCGUCUAAAACACAUAAAUUUACACUCGAGUUUACACUGCGUCUAAUAAGGAGAAUAUUAAAAAUACUUAUCGAUAGCAAUAAAUAGAGAAUAACAAGUGCGGUUAUUAAUUGUAAUAUUUAAAAGUAAAAUUAGAAAAUAUAGCGUAUUUAGAAAAGUGUUCAAAAACACUGCAAAAAAUCCGUCUGAAAUAGAUAUAUUAAGAUUUAUUCUAGUCGGAUUUUUUUCUCAGUGUAGUUUAUGCAGAGAAUUCACUUACUGUAUUUCUGUUCUUCCCUUUCACUUUUAGUAAGUUUAUAAAAUUUACACACUCAUCAGACAGUAAAAACAGAAAACGAAGAAUUUAUAAUAUUUUAAACAAGUAACAAACUAAUUUUAUAGACUGCUAAGUUCAUCAAAGAAUGAAAUUGUAUAAAUUCGAUCCAUAGCGUUCUUUUAAUUCAUAUUAGCUCUAUUUUGUGACAUUACUUUACAACAAAAAAAUAAAUAUAUACUUACGAAAAUA